UCGGAUAAAGGCAUGGCUAAAUCAAAAAGAGAGUUCUACGAGUUGCCGAAUAUUGCGACUAGCUCAGAUAUAAUAAAUGCUGCCAGGCAUUCAAUCAGAGCUGCUGGAACCUCUCGACCUUACACUCCAAGCGAAAACAAAAGGAGUUUGUUCACUACUCGCCCGACCUCUUCCUCCUCUUCGAUCGACCUUACACAGCUGACAGAGCUUAAUGUUACUCCACGAGUUUUAUCACCCAUAGAUUCACCUCAAACUCAAAAACGGGAAGAAGAACAGAAAAAGAAAGAAAGUAGCAAUUUUGAAGCGUACUGGAGAUCGAAGAUAACACCAAUCCUUGCUGCUUUGAACAUGGAGAUAGAAAAUGUGGACAUACUUAAUCAGGUCGAGGAACUGUCAGAGUGUUUGUUGCGCGGAGGUUUUCUCACAGGAUCAGUUGUUCUUCCUCACCAAUACAAAGUCAAAGUGUUCCAAUGUCUCAUUAACCUGCUUGAUAAAAAAGAUAGUAGACUUUUACUAAAGAUUUCCAGACUACUGUUGUGCCUGGGAGUGUACGAGAAGAACUUGAUUAGUAUUUCUAAGUUAAUCUUCAAGCUAACACGAUGCGAAAACAAUGACGCCAUCUUUUUAGAGGAGAAAACUGUUCACAGUUUGUUAAACGUUCUCAAUCAGCAAAAGAUAGAGGACAAUGGUCUCGCAUUCGUUUAUUGUAUUGGGGCGCUGAAGGUCUUGUCUGCUAACACUGAUAACACUAUCGGUGACAUACUCGUGCAAUAUGGCGUUCUUCAGGUAUUAGAACGACAUCUUGUUACAUGCAACACAAGUAAUGAAAUGAAGGGUGAAUUGAAGAGCAGCCUGCUGAUCCAGAUCUUAGGAGCAUUUAGGAAUUUAUGUGACAUUCCAGCGACGGAGAAGUUACUAGCUGAUACGGGGGUCUGUGAACAGUUGCAGUACACUAUGACGCAUCAUUACAAUGAUUCUGAGGUUUUACUGAACAGCUGCAGACUGCUCUCCAGGAUGUCUCUGUUUACGGAUACGUGUAACAUUAUAUCUCACAAUAAGCAUCUUCUCAAUCUGCUCCUCAAAGUUAUUGACAACUACACUAACGAUCCUCAACUUCUUGUACGAUGCGCUUUUGUACUCGGAAAUAUAACAGGACAGCACAGUCACGCUGCAUUACACCUGCACCAAAAUGGAGCGGUCAUCGAGUCGAUGCUUUCUCUUUGCAAAGUUUACAAGGCGAAAUUAGGGGACAAGACGACAAAAGAGAAGCAAACAAUAACAAAGGAUGUUCUGUGUAAAGCAGUUCGGGUUAUUACCAACACUCUUCAAAAUGAAAAAAUAGCCGUAUCAGUAACACCUCAACUCAUAAAGAUGUUCGUGUCACUUGGUCAGAUUGCUUCUCAAGCUAAGAUACAUGAGAUAUCACUGAACGUAUUGUGUGGGCUGAACAAUAUGUCGUAUCAUAACAAGGAGGGUUCAGUGUUUGUUAAACACAGGGGUAUUCUCACCGACUUCCUUAUCCGACUGCUCGCUGUCAACAACACGGCUAUUACUAUAGAAACACUCGGAGUGCUGGGUAAUCUGACUCAAUAUCACGAUGUAGUGGAAAAGCUUGCUGGAGAUAAGCACGUUAUUGAGAUUGCAGCCACUCUUCUCGAUUCUGAGAACAGUGAUUUGGUGUAUAAGGCGUGCGGAGUGUUGAUUAACAUCACUAAAUUCAAAGAGUUUCACAAUAAACUUCCUUCCAAAAUAGUAACCCAGUGUAUAGAUGUGUUGUGUGAUGUUGGAAUGCUAGAUGUGGAACUAUCAACUGUUACUCUAUACUUGCUGUGGAAUGUACUCUAUCUCAUGAUAACCCCAGAAGAAGUAAAAAGAAGAGAAGAUGAGACGACCAGACUCCUCUCCCUUCUCACUGAUUACACCGACCACAGUUACUGUGACAUCCAAUCUUGGAUUACUCAAUUUCAUCCUGUUGCUAAGAAACUGAUAGUUCUGUUAGAUACAAACAGCGAGUUUAUGCCCUUGUAGUUGCUAUCGAAUGUGAUAACUUUUAUUACUGUGCGAGCCUUAGUGAAUAUAUUUACUGAAUUUUUUGAAAUUGGAGUGCUGCGAGGGAAUUAAUAUAUAUUCUUCCAGUUAAAAUUCAUCCCGUAUGA